AUUGUUCUGCUUGUUUCGAAUUAGAGAGAGCCACUGUUCCCAGAUAAGCAUUUCCGCCGUAUUUUAUCGCCCGUGGUGGCUGUGGUCUGCUUGCGGUGAUCCGACGGCUUGACUUUGAGAUAAUCAGCCUCGCUUUCCUGGGUUCAUGGCUAUCUCUUUGGCAAGGUCAAGGAACAUUAUCCGUCGUCUCAAAUCAAAUAUUGGUUUUGUGGGUGUUGCCAGCGACAGUUCUUGGACUUCUUCUUCAACUCAUCAUCCGCAGCGCCAUAUAUCUUCCUUAACAGCCCCAAUCUUCAUAAAUUACAGAAGCCCUCGUGCAGCUUUCAGUAAUUCAGUAGCCCAUUUCUCCGCUGGCCGUUUUGAAUCGAGCGAAGCUGAAAACCAGUUGGAUUCUUUCCGGGAUGUAGAUGGCGGUCGGGUCUUGGAUUUUCCAGGGGGAGUGGUUACUUUAACUUCUGAAAUGAGGUUCAUACCUGAAUCCACUGAGAAGCGAACACAUUGCUACCGUAUCCUUGAUGACAAUGGAAAUCCAGUCAUUGGUGACAAUUUUAUACAGGUCAGCAAAGAAGUUGCUGUAAAAAUGUACACCGCAAUGGUCACACUUCAAAUAAUGGAUUCCAUUUUCUAUGAAGCCCAGAGACAAGGAAGAAUUUCUUUUUAUGUCACCACCAUUGGAGAAGAGGCCAUUAAUGUUGCAUCAGCAGCUGCUCUCAAUGCUGAUGACCUGGUCUUCCCUCAGUACAGGGAGCCAGGAGUUCUAUUAUGGCGCGGUUUUACAUUAGUCGAAUUUGCAAACCAAUGCUUUGGAAACAAAGAUGAUCUUGGGAAAGGAAGGCAGAUGCCAGUCCACUAUGGAUCUAACAAGCACAAUUACUUCACUAUAUCAUCGACCAUUGCUACGCAAAUUCCUCAUGCUGUUGGUGCUGCAUAUUCUUUGAAAAUGGAUGGAAAAGAUGCAUGUGCGGUCACAUAUUUUGGUGAUGGUGGAACAAGUGAGGGAGAUUUUCAUUCUGCAUUAAACUUUGCGGCGGUCAUGGAAGUUCCAGUCAUUUUCAUUUGCCGGAAUAAUGGGUGGGCCAUCAGUACCCCUGUAUCUGACCAGUUUCGAAGUGAUGGUGUCGUUGUUAAAGGCCAAGCUUAUGGGGUUCGAAGUAUUCGUGUAGAUGGUAAUGAUGCUCUUGCAAUGUAUCGCGCAGUCCUUGCAGCACGUGAAAUAGCUGUUAAUGAGCACAAACCUAUCUUAAUUGAGGCCCUAACAUAUCGAGUGGGGCACCACUCCACAUCAGAUGAUUCAACCAAGUACCGCUCAGCUAAUGAGAUUGAAUGGUGGAGAAUGUCACGGAAUCCUGCAACUAGAUUUAGAAAGUGGCUUGAAAGUAAUGGUUGGUGGAGUGAAGAGGCUGAGUUGAUGCUUCGAAGCAGUGUGAGGAAGCAGUUAUUGCAUGCAAUUCAAGCUGCAGAGAAGAUGGAGAAAGCUUCAAUUGCCGAACUUUUUACAGAUGUUUAUGAUAUUCCCCCGUUCAACCUCCAUGAGCAGGAGACAUUGCUGAGGGAGUCCAUCAACAGACACCCACAAGAUUAUCCCCUCAAUGUCCCUGUUUAGAUCAGCAUAACGUUUCUCACAUGAUGCUCGAAAUUGAACUCUCUUGUAGCGCAACAUGCAUUGGCCAGUCAAAUGUACAGAAUAAAGUCGUGCAGUUAGCAUCUGUGGUCAUAGCAAUAGAAGAUCUGAUUCUGAUAUUUUUCAUUUGAAACUGGAUGUUUUUUCGUGAAAAAAAAAAGAAAAACCCAUAUGAUUAUUUUGAUUCACAAAA